GCUCAAGGCUCAGUCACAGAGAGGUCAGGACUCACAGAAAGCCAGAGGAAUCACACUACAGCCUUCAGCUCAGCUGGACCGAGCACCUAUGUAAUGCCUCAGUCAGCAGGCUCCCUGCUGUCGAUGGUGGCCUUGCCAUCCGGCAUCGCAGCUCGCCAGGCGGUGCGGCCCUGGACUAAGGACCUCAGCCUUUAUGAAGAAUAUAAGAUGCGCAGGAACGAGCUCCGCCGGCGGAACCUCAGCAGACGCAGAGAGCUGGAGAAGACGUUGCCUCAGCCUCUGCUGACAGAUCUGGUGCGAGAGCGUCGAGAGAAGACCAGACUGAGGGUGGCCAGAUGGAGGGCAAAAAGGAAACUCCAGGCGUGUCUAAACCAGUCUCAGGUCCUAGGUGGCGCUGCAGGUCUUUCUCAAGCUGGCUUUCCCAUCAGCAGCCAGCAUCAUCAGCUCCUCGUGCCUUGUGGAAAGCGAGGGUCUUGUCACACGCUCCUUUUUUCCCCCCAACAGAACUGGCCUGUUGUGUUUCAGCUGCCACCUCCAGUACUCAGCAGAGACAGAGCUCAGCGUCACCUCAGUCCAGCACCUUCCUCAACAACAUGUCAGCAGCAAACAGCACCUCUGCCACUCUCCCCUUCAUCCCCUCCGCCAUCUCCUCUUCCUCCUCCUCCUCCUCUCUGCUCCUGAGAGGCCCAAGCUUGGCCCCACAUCAGCACGCUGUGACAUCAUCCUCCUCUUCCUACCCUCAGGUCAGCCUAUCGCAGCAGAGUGACUCCCUGACAGACGCAGAUAUCUUGCAGUGAGAUGGCCAGGUGGAGCUCAGUUCAUCAAACACAUCGUCCCUCUGCGGGUAGUUAGCUUACCCAACGUCCAUUCACACCCAAUAAAAGCAGAGACUGUGCACUAAAGACAGCAUAGCAGCAGUGCUUCAGUUCCUGGUAGAUGUACAAGCACCGUAUCCUGACCCACACGUACAGACCAAAUCAUCAGAGCCCAUACAACUCACCUUGUCUUUUCUUGUUAUACACAUAACAUUCAGUAUCAGUCGACCAAGACAGGGGUUCUCAACCUGGGGGCCGGGGGGGGGGACACGGGGGACAUGUCCCCCUCACUUUUUGUAAAAGGGGCCGUUUGG